UUUGCGCGCGAACUCUAAGUGCCGGGGUCCUGGGGUCCGUUUGUGGCUGGUGGCUGGCCCCCCCGGGGACGCGACGACGCCAGCGGACCCAGACGCCUUCUUCACCCCGCCAUGGAGACCCCAGCGAAGCAGGAGCAGCAGCAGCCCGCGGCGGCCAAGAUCAGAAACCUGCCCUGGGUUGAAAAAUACCGGCCGCAGACACUGAAUGAUCUGAUUUCUCAUCGGGACAUUUUGAGUACCAUUCAGAAAUUUAUUAGCGAAGACCGACUGCCGCACCUGCUUCUCUAUGGCCCUCCAGGGACAGGAAAGACCUCCACCAUCCUAGCCUGUGCCAAACAGCUAUACAAAGAUAAGGAAUUUGGCUCCAUGGUCUUGGAGCUGAAUGCUUCAGAUGACCGAGGAAUAGAUAUUGUUCGGGGACCGAUCCUGAGCUUUGCCAGCACAAGGACAAUAUUUAAGAAAGGCUUCAAACUAGUGAUCUUGGAUGAAGCUGACGCCAUGACCCAAGACGCCCAGAACGCCCUGAGGAGAGUGAUUGAGAAAUUUACCGAAAACACCAGAUUCUGCCUCAUCUGUAACUAUCUGUCGAAGAUCAUCCCUGCCUUGCAGUCCCGCUGCACGAGGUUCCGAUUCGGUCCUCUGAGUCCAGAACUCAUGGUGCCCCGCCUGGAACACGUCGUCGAAGAAGAGCAGGUGGAUCUGAGCGAGGACGGGAUGAAAGCCCUGGUGACGCUGUCCAGCGGAGACAUGCGGAGGGCUCUGAACAUCCUGCAGAGCACCAAUAUGGCCUUUGGGAAGGUGACCGAGGAGACUGUCUACACUUGCACUGGGCACCCGCUCAAGUCCGACAUCGCCAACAUUCUGGACUGGAUGUUGAAUCAAGACUUCACGACUGCCUACAGAAACAUCACAGAGUUGAAAACACUGAAGGGGCUGGCGCUACAGGACAUCCUGACAGAGAUACACUUGUUUGUGCACAGAGUUGACUUUCCAUCUUCAGUUCGAGUGCAUUUAUUGACCAAAAUGGCAGACAUUGAGUACAGGCUUUCUGUUGGCACCAAUGAGAAGAUUCAGCUGAGUUCCCUCAUUGCCGCCUUCCAGGUCACCAGGGACCUGAUCGUCACCGAGGCCUAAAUGCUGAGGCCCAUUCGCUGCCAUUCGUGGGCCCACAGUGACGGGAGCGCAGGGGACCCUGUCACGGGGUGAACUGCUGUGUGGGCUGGGGGAUGCAGCCGGUCACCCCAGGUUUUGGAAAGGUGUUCCAGACAUGGGCGGGCAAAGGUUUAAACGGCUGGGGUGUGUGUGUACGUGGUGGGUAUAUACACACUUGUAGCGCACAGCUCUCACUGCCCUGCCCGUUGGUGUUUUACAGAAAAAAAGAGCAAAAAGCUUUUUUGCCCUAGGCUUUGACCAUUCAGUUGCUUAGAUGACAGGAGACUGGCCUACCCCGUUUUGGUCUAGAACAAAAGGCUUCCUAA